AUGCUUUCAGUAAGAGAAAUGGUAAGAUGGAAAAAAAAACGCGCGGCAACAUAUGUGGUUUUUUUGUGUCUAUACUUUCUCAUUGGUUUGGAACUUGGCUGUAUUAACGCAACAUUGUGGAUAUAUGUAUCAACUGUUCUUAAACCGAAAAAUGUGAAGAUGUGGUAUGGUUUAAUAAAUGCUGCUUUCUACGUUCCAUCCUUAUUUGUCCCACCUAUUGUGUCAAGAUUCGUAGACAAAACAAGACGGGUGAAAGUAUGUUUGGUAUCUAUCAUGUUUUUAUGUAUAGCUGGAAGCUGCUUGUAUCCGAUUCAUAUAUCCCAUCUUUUUCCGUUGUUAGGACGAUUUUUAAGUGGCUUCAGCAUAGCCUUGACUCCUGUUAUUGUAUCCGAAGUCGCAAGAUCAUACACGAAGAGCGAAGUAAAACAGCGCCUUCCCUUGCUUUAUGGAAGCCGUAUGGUUGGCUAUGGAGUUGGUCCAUGCAUUUCAGCAUUUUUGAUAAAAGUUGAUUUUUGGAUUGGAUUAAUUCAUAUUACAUAUGCAAACGUAAUUGGGCCAAUCCUUUGUGGAAUUUGUGUUACCAUCACUUUAACCAUUAUAUUUUUUUGUCAUGAUUUGUCACGCGAGUACGACAUGAAGGCAGCCAUCAUGAGCAAAGAGGAACAGCGAGGACAUGAACUAUCAAGUAGUGAAUCGGCUUUAGGAGCAUUUAAAAAAAUACUGAAAACUACGGAUACUUUACUGGUUGUAGUGUUGUCAGUGUUCUUUGGUAUUCUCGAACAAAUGAUAUUUCGAGUAUUGCCAAUUCUUAUCAUUGAAAACCUACAUUUUGGAUAUGGUUUUUUAAACGGUUCGUUGGUUGGUUUUGCUGUACUCAAUACAGCUGUAAUUGUAUUUCUCGUUUACUGGAAAUUGUCCGAUAAGCAGGUAUAUUACACUGGUAUUGCAAGUUUAUUAUCAAUAAUAGUAAUAACGUCGUUCUUGUUUCUGCUUUAUCAUAAGCUGGGAAAUGUUAUUACCUGGUAUGUGUUGAUCAUAGCUUCGUUAAUUUCUUCAAUCCUGUUUUUACUGUCUGACCAAACAUUCGCUGUCGUAGUAUGUGCUAAACUGGCUUUCUCGUGUAAUCAGGCAUUCAUGGAAGCUGUUCGCAUUAUUUCUACCCAAUCUGGUCGGGUAAUUGGAGGUGCUUUUAUAGGCAUUUAUUACGACUACAUGAAUGUAUUUUAUCCAGUCAUAAAUAUGAUAUCCAUUUUAUUCCUUUUUGCUCUGAUAUCGAGGAAGAAGACAUUAUCACAGCCAGUGCCAGUUAUCUAG